AUGGCGAUUGAAAGCGCUUACCUACUUCGCUAUCCCUUGGGGGCCAUCGUCCUGGCGUUGGCGACCCUUCUCAUGGCAGUCAUCACACACAGGCUGUUCCUCGGGCCUUUCUCUCACAUUCCAGGGCCAAGGUUAGCCGCUGUAUCAAGUAUAUGGUACGCAUAUCACGCAAGAAACGGAACCACCGCUGCAAUAGCAAAACGGUUACACCGACGAUAUGGCCCAGUUGUAAGGGUUGGGCCUAAAGAAGUGUGGUUCAAUACCAAGGAAGCUUAUGAUCAUAUCUACAGCACGGGAAUACGUGGGUACGAGAAGUCAGAUUUCUACUGUCGGGUCUACCGCACAGCCAAUGCAGUCCGUCGUGAGCAAGCCGUCGACAAAGUAAUGAACGACGUGAUCAGGAAGUUCGACUCAAUAGACGGCGCGGAGAUCGAUUUGAAAGAGUGGAUGCACAUAAUUUCCGUCGAGUCACUCGGUGCCAUGGUGCUGUCGUGGUCACCAGGCAUGAUCAAAGCCGGAACAGAUCGCGCCACCAGUUACCAGAGCUACCUUGGCUGGCGCCGAAAGUCUGUCUUUGGACUGUUUCCUCUGAUAGUCAAGCUUGAAGUCAACUAUAAAUGGGUUGGGCGGUUAUUUGGCAUCGUUUGGGGCGUCACAUAUCAAACGCCCAAAGGAUUCAAGCCCUUCUUCCCCGUAUGUUUCUCUGAAUCCAGGCUUUACCAUGCCAGCCCGUCAUCGACUGCUAACGAAAGAAACCAGGAGGUGGCGAGAAAGGUAGCGCGACGAAUAAAGAACAAGUCGAAUCCGACUAGCAGCCAGAGGGAGGAUUUACUCACAGAUCUGAUAAACUUGCACAAGGACAAACCCGAAUUCACAGAGUCAUAUCUGCGAAAAAUGGCCAUUACCAACUUUGGUGCCGGACACGAAACUCUUGCGUCUACUCUGAUAGCCAUCAUGGCCAUGUUAGGAACGCACCCAGAAGCUCAAGCAACAGCAACACAUGAGAUCCGUUGCCAAAAUGCGGCAAAGUCACGAAAGCCAGGAAGCAACAUAAGCUACGCAGAUGCAUUGGAGCUGGUGUAUACUCGAGCUGUCAUCAGAGAAGCCAUGCGGCUUUACCCUGUCAUCAGCAUGAGCCUGCCACGCGUGGUGCCCCUUCACGGCAGCGGGCUGCAGCUCUCUGGGCUCCGUAUACCACCUGGAGCUACCGUGGGUUGCAAUCCCGUCUCCCUCCAUCGAAACGAAGAUAUUUGCGGACCAGAUCCCGACAAGUUUGACCCUCGUCGAUGGCUCGCCGGCAGCGGUACGCCAGACAAUAUCCGCGCGCUGGAGCGGUACAGCCUCAGCUGGGGUGGUGGCUCACGGACUUGUCCCGGCAGGCAUGUGGCUGAAAUGAUUGUGCUGAAGUGUGUCGUGCGACUACUCGACCGCUUUGAGGUUCGCGCGGCCGUUCCUCCGCCCGAGGACCAAGGCCCGACUUACUUUCUGGCUAUGCUGACUGGAGUUCGCGCCAGCUUUGUGCCUUUAGAGGAGUGUGGAAUGAAGCAAAGAUAG